UCUCAGACAGUCAGCAGCAAGGCAACAUGGAGGUCACAACUCUCUGCUUCAGACUGUGUAAGUACUGAGUCUCACUCUGUUUUCUGUAAUUUUCCAAAAAGUAGUUGGAAAUUAGAAACUCAAUCUACCAGCCAUAAUAACAGCUCUAACAAAAGUAUUUUUUGCUGUCUUCCAUUUCCUCUUCAGCAACAAAUGUGUUGAUGCUGCUGGUGGCGCAACUUCAUGCAAAUACAGCUUUUUCUCGUAUUGUUCCAUCCAGACUGCAGCUCUUUGAAUAUGAGUCUGUCUCUUUUAAUUGUGAGAGUGUUAAUGGCUCAGCUGGAUGGGAAGUUGUAAGAAAGGUGAAGGGAGAAUUUACCACAUGUGCUGCCAAGUGGAGGAUGUACUCAGGAUCCCUCUGUGCCAUUAGAAAUGCCUAUUCAUCAGAUAGUGGAGAGUACUGGUGUCAGACUAAAGAAGGAGGGAGAAGUAACAGUGUCAACAUCACUGUCACUGCUGGUUCAGUGAUCCUGGAGAGUCCUAUCCUUCCUGUGAUGGAGGGAGACGCUGUCACUCUGCACUGCAGAACCAAAGAAGCUUCCUCCAAUCUCACAGCUGAUUUCUAUAAAGAUGGCAGCCUCACAGAGAGCAGCUCUACAGGAGAGAUGACCAUCCACAGUGUCUCCAAGUCUGAUGAAGGACUCUACAAAUGUAAUAUCUUUGAUGUCGGAGAAUCACCAGUCAGCUGGAUGGCUGUCAGAGAACUUGACAGAGAGCCUCGUCCCUCCUCAGAUGACUCCUGUCACAGUUACCUCUUCUCAAGGAUGGUGUUCACCAUUGUGGUGGUGGCUCUGUUGCUACUGCUGCUGGGACUACUUCACUGUUGGAACCCAGGAAGCACAUAUAAAUAAUACACACAAACUUAAAUGUAAAGGUGUGAACACUUUACAGUUGAUCUCAUGGAGAAUUAAAGUUGUCUUUUUUUUCUAAUUUUAUGUUAUUUUUUCUCCAACCCUCUGCCCAUGGAGAGUUCCUUUUUGGUCACAUUGUCUGAGCUACAGUAGUGGGGAAUCACUUAUUUUAUAUUUUAAUAUAAGUUUAAUCUAAAUUUUAUAUUGUGUAACUUCUACUGCUGUUGAAGUGGGAUAUAACAUGUUAUUCUUUCAGCCACUGUUAGACUGUGUCACCAGCAGAAAAGGUUACAGUUAAAACCACAGAGGUACUGACUGACGCAUGAACUAUUUUCAAAAAGGCGAUCCGUCAGUACAGCAUACUGUGUUUUGUAUUUUAUUUAGACACAACUUGCACUGGUGAAUUUGAGCUUGUCAAACACAAACCACAAGAGUAAGUAACAGGUGGAAAAAUGUGUGUCAUGAAGCUCAAGUAUCAAGAAAAAAACAAAAGUUUGACAGAGAGACUUACAGCGUACCUUUUGUAUCAGGAAUCUACAGGCAAUUUAAGAGUAGUUUACUCAUAUAGCACAACAGGGUUGUUUUAACAACAAUAAAAAAAAGGAUCAGGGAUUAAAAUAAAUGAACUACAGAUAUCGCCUUUUUAUUCUACAUUGUUCUCCACUGGCAAAGCAUGCAUAACUUGCAGUGUAAUUUGACCAGUCUGAGAUUUAAAUGUGUUUUGCUGGUAACAGCUAAGGAAGCCUCAAACCACUAGGCUCAAGCAGAGAUGAGAAAUGUACCGCAGAGGUCUGGUAAGAUGACUUACUAAACUAAACUCAAUAUGCCUAGAUUUUUUUCAAGAUGAUUUUUCAAGACUUCAGCCCCAACUGGUGCUGACUCAAGUGACAU